CCUAACCUCACGGCCUUCCCUCCUAAGCUGGUGGCGGAGCAGUUGACCGUGAUGGAUGCGGAGCUCUUCCGGAAGGUGAUGCCCUCUCAGUGCCUGGGCUCCACCUGGGGCAAGAGGAACAAGCCCGGCAAUGAGCACCUGGCACCCACCGUCCAGGCCACCGUCGACCACUUCAGAAGGGUGGUCAGCCUCGUCGUCACCACCUGCCUCGGGGACCCAAGCAUGACGGCCCAGGACAGGGCGAGGGUGGUGGAGCACUGGAUCCAGGUGGCCCAGGUGUGCUGCGGGAGGCCCAGUGGAGCCCCUCUCUGGAGCCUUGGGAACCGCCUCUGCACCUUUAUCAGCUCCCAGGAUUGCAGUGUGUGGUCUAAGCCCCUGCACAGUCCCUAGGCCCUUCCUGCUAGGGGCCCGCUGACCUUGACUCCAGGUCCCAGUGGGAGGAUGCUCACUUCCUCCCUGGCUCCUUCCCUGGGUUGAGCUAAAAUCCUCCUCCUUGUGAAGUGUUACUCUCUGGGUCCUAAAUGUGCCCUUCUGGGGCUCCCUGAGCAUCUGUCUCAUCCAGGAGGGGAGAUUUAAAUAGAAGGGGACUGAAGCUAGAGCAAGCGUGUCUUU